AUGAAUUAUGUGUUUGCCAAUUCAGAAUGCAGAAGUGGAUGUGAAUCUGGAUGGACUUUAUACUUAGAACACUCUUCUUCUUCUUUCUCCCGGUAUAGUGUUGCCAAGAGGGUAAAAGUUGAAGACGACGAUGUGGAGAACGAUGACUUGUCUAUGGUUUCUGAUGCGUCUUCUGGACCUCCACAUUUGCACGAAGAAGAUGAGUUUUUUCGUGCACCGAUUCAUGCCACAUUGUCCAAGAUUAAUAGGUCUAAUAUGAAGAAAGUUAAGGAAAAUCCACAUAGAAAGGUUCAAGAACAAACUCCUUUACUCGAUGAUACUGCUAGGUCGCCUAUCUUCGACUUCUCCGGGAAGAAUUUCUCACUUCCAAAUGGCCAAGCUUCUGUGGAGAACGUAUUGGAACACUCACAAGGCUACUCCACAACUCAGUUUGAGGGGCGAUCUGUUCCAGUCUUCACUAUAUGGAACUCAACAGCAGCAAAAUCAAUUUUCUGA